GAUAAUUUCCUAUUCUUAAUAUUUUUUAUAUAAAUUCUUAAAAUAAUAAUACAAUAUCUUGUAAAGUAACAUCAGUUCAUACAUUUUGCGUAUUCAUUUAGUUAUAUAGAUAUUUUAUUUAAUUUAGUAAUGUAAUUAGGCUUCGAAUCGACUGGCUUUACCACAGCUAAACCCAUAUUAAGCAGUGAAUGGCGUCAGGUACCCGUAUUCCAAUAAUCAAUGGCACCAAUGGCGUUGAUCUAUCCAAUUACAUACGAGAUCCUAAUUCCUAUAAUCCUGUAGUGUACAUACAUAAAAAAUAUUACCCUGGCUAUAAUCAUAAGGAUAGUAACGCUAUCCAAAAGGUAAAACAUACAUUAGACAAAUCAAUCCAAGCCAAUUUAAAGAAUAAAUCUCGUCAAAUCAUAACUGAAAUAAUUAAUGAUAAUCAUCAUGAUCCAGUUCUUGAACAAACAAUAAAAUUUGCAAAGGAUAUAAUUCCUUUAACUAUACCACCAAGUGAAGACGACUCCCAAAAUUCAAUAAAAUAUACAAUUAAGACUUGUAAAAAAUGUAGACAUCUAAAAAGAAGUAAACCACCGCCCCACGAAAAAGAUGUGACUAUUGAGAAAGAAAAAAGUAAAAAAGUGUGUAAGUCAUUUGUAAAUUUAAAAUUUAAAAAUAAAGAUAGUUUUAGUGGGAAGGAUUCAUCAAACUUUUCUUCUCAAAAUAACACAUUGGAUGAUAUAAAUGAAAACCACUCUAUUUGUUGUUCUCUAUCGGAAAUCUCCGAGAAAAAACAUUUAAAACGAGACAGGCGUUCAAAAUCUAAACAAAGUAAUAUGCCUAAUUCCGUCGAAGCUCUAGCAACAGAGAAUAUCAACACUACAAACGAAGUGAAGCUAAAAGAAUAG